GGACACUUUGCCGGGUUUCCUGGGCGACAGCCUGAGCCGCAGCAAGCCCAGCAGCAGCAGCAGCAGCAUCAGCCUGGCAACCCUGACCCCCUGAGACGGCUGGAGGCGUUGGUGGCCGUUGCUACGAGUGAGGGAACUACCGCCACCGCGUACUGAGAUUCUCCGAAUGCUUGUCACGCCUCUCUACAACCUUUCCGCCAUGUGCCAUAAGGCGAUGGUACAUAUACGCAACACGACUGACGAAUUUCCUUUUUUCCUAUCUGGAAUCAUGUCAGCAGGGCUUUCAAUCUCUGCAUGGCAUACAGUCGCUUUCUUAUCAUGAUAUCCCGUUUUUACCAAGUUUGGUGGGCAACUGCAUUUUUUCUAUGGCGGGCGUUGAUACAUAGCGUUGAUUUUGCUCUCCUAUCUGUCUGGGUGUCACCACCCUCAUCUCAGCUCAUCUGGAUUACGGUCGACUUUUCCACUUUUCCGUUUACAUUUAUCUUUUCUUUUCUAUUUUUGAUAUCCUGCUUCAACAUUUAUGAUUUCAGUUUGUCAUCAGGUUUGGUUUACCAUUGACGGUUCCGGGUUUUGUGGCAGCGAUUUCGCAAGUAGAAUUUCCUAUCUCGGCUUUUGAUUCCCCGUAACGUUUGCUCACGAUCAAUGAGAUACCCACUCAUUCCGGGAUGAUGGAUUCAGUGGUGGAUAGUAAUGUGUCGCUCUCUCUGCGGUUGAGACGGACAAACAGUCGGCCUGCACGCAUGUAUAUGGAGGCAGGCUAGGGAUGGAAGGGCAAGGUUGGCGGAUAUGUGGACGAGAUACCCGAGCUUGGUAACGACCAGCAGCUCUGAUUUUACGGGAGGCCUGGUCGAUGCUCACAAAGUUGGAAGCGAUGGUUUCAAGGCCAUCACCAAGGAUCGGGCGGUAUACAUGUGUCUGUAGGCGUACAACCGGAAGGAAUAACGACGCACAUGCUCUCAAUGAUUAUCUUAUCUGGAAA